AUGCAUGGGAGAGUUAAAAUUAUACAGACAGCUGAACAAGAACGAGCGAAAAAGCUAAAAAAGGAACAAAUAAGUAAAGAAUUCUCAGAAGAAUGUGAAAAGCUCUGGUUGUGUCGUGAAAAAGAUGACUUCAAUGAAGUGCAUUUGGAAGAAAUUGGUUCCCUUAUUGAGACAUCUCCAGACACAGCAACCCUGUGGAAUUAUAGACGCGAAAUAAUAAUGCAUCUCAUUCGGAAUUUUUCUGAGGAUCAAGAAAAGGUUUCAAAGUUAUUUGAAUCUGAAUUGAACCUUACAACUCGCUGUUUAUAUAGCUCGCCGAAAUCUUAUACUGUUUGGUAUCACCGAUCUUGGGUUAUGAACAAUCACACUUCUCCGAAUUGGGAAUCUGAAUUGAAGCUUUGUAACCAAGCCCUAACACAGGAUGAAAGAAAUUUCCACUGUUGGGAUUACCGCCGCUUUGUCGUUUCCAAGGGUAGUAUUUCAACGGAGUUAGAGCUGGAGUUUACAGACUCUGCCAUAGAAAAAAAUAUGAGCAAUUAUUCAGCUUGGCACUAUCGUGGUGAACUUUUAGCUUCUGCGUCUAACGCUUCUGUAUCAUCGUCCGAAAGUCUUAAUCCUCAGACUCAGUUGAAUAAAAAACAAAGCCAAUCUCGGUUUGAUUUUUCAUUACCAAGUGGCGAACUGGAUCUUGUUCACAAUGCAAUAUUCACAGAUCCCGCUGAUCAGAGUCCUUGGUUCUAUUAUUGGUGGUUAUUGGGUCGCGGAGAAAGAAAGGUUUAUUUAAGGGAACUGUAUAUUUCACGGAAGCUGGGAAGAUUUGUUCUUGUUUUCAGCUCUGUGAAAUUGAUGCAAACUUUAAAAGAUUUGCAGGUUUCCAUAAAAGUGUUUCCAUGUGACGGUACAAUUUCUAAUUCUAUAACUUUAACACCGGAGCUUCUUGGGGGAUGGAACUCUGUCCUAGAUGAGCAGUUAUCAGCUGUUUGGUGGUUGCCGCUUAACCAAGAUUUAGUAUCUCGUUACGCUCCUGAUAAUGAUAGGCACCUAUAUCAGUAUCAACCAUGGAAUGUUGUAGCCCAAGUCUGGAUUAGAAAAGCUAAUGGCGAUGGAAACCAGGAAAUCUGUGUUAAUAUGCCUGAAGAUUCUGCAAACUACUUGUCCCUUCAGUGUUGUAUGGAUUCUCAUCAAAAUGAAUCACUGACACGCGUCACUCUAGACCCUCUAAGAUUGUUAAAUCCUAUGAUUUUGCCCUCACAUGAUCCAAAAGAUUUGGUUGGGGAGCUGAAUAUUGUUCGUGACCUGCUGUCAUUUGAACCGAAAAACAAAUGGGCUUUGUUGACGCUUGUCAGCCUCCUUCGCUUUAUUCGACCGCAUAAUUUUCAUGAAGAGGUAAAAGAAGCGUUAAACGUGUUAGUGUCAGUUGAUCCUCAGCGUUCUUUUUAUUAUGAGCACUUGCGAUCCUUGUAUGCAGCCCUAGAUGUUCUGGCUCAUGCAUAUGAAGACCAGUCCAGGGAAGUGGUGUUACAUAAUCUGGAUAUGAGUUGCUUUCGUAAUCUUGAUUGGUAUGCGUUGAUGACCAAAAUCGAUUUUUCUAAUAACUCAAUCGUACGAAUCCCGGAUACUUUCUCUUAUUUAAUCUCCGUUUUGGAACUGAAUUUAGAUGAUAACCAGUUAACAACUCUUUGUGGGAUUUCCCGUCUUCCGUCUCUAACCAACCUUUCUGUCCAACGCAAUCGACUGUGUACUUUCGAAUCGAUUGAAGACUUAGUUUAUUGCCCUAGUUUGCGCGUAGUGUACAUAAAUGGAAAUGAAGUAAUCAAGUUACCCCAGUUGAGUAAUUUGAUAUCAAAACAUCCAGGGUUUCAAAGACAGGGAGAUUCAUUUUCUUUGGUGUACGAUAAAACAUUUCACCAUUAA